UGGAAAACACUCUUUGAGAGCAUAGAUUCAGUUCGCUUGAUGUCCUUUGGAAGGUUCCUGGAUACAGAUGGUGUUCCAGAAAUCCAACAAAUCAUGUAACUUGUCUUUUAUUUGUAUCAAAAUCUUGCUGAAAUGUCAUUGAAAUUGGCUCCUUAACAAUGUAAUAUGCCUUUAAUCUUCACCAAUGUAGGAAGAUUAAAGGGAUUUCAUUCUAUUCUAAUCUGUAAUACGUUAUUUUGACAGACAUAUUGGUGCCAGCCAAAGCAGAGUUUCCUGUUUGACAUAGUGGACUGAAAAGGCAGUGCAUUCUGCUUUACUGGCAAUUGCCGUAGAGAUGAGUUGCGUGUGCAAAGGUGCAUGAGUUUGGGAGUGAAUCAAAUUGCCAAGUGUUGUGAGAGCAUCGGUUUGUCUGAGUUCACACAACCGCACACACGCAAAACACGCACAAGAUGGUUUUGAGUAGCGAUUAAAGAGGUUUGUCUGGAGGAUGUCAGGGGUGUGUCUCUGGUCAGUGGGGAGUAUAAGUCAAGGGCAGGUUCAAGGAGCUGACCAUUCAGCUGACACAUGCUCUCUGUGGGGUUUUAGAUGAAUGGUGAAAAAUAGACAGACGGUAAAUUCAGUCCAACAUUUGUGAAGUGUUGCUAUUUCUUUGGAAGAUUAUUUGAGUCCUGGAUCACCAGACUAGCCGAGGUCCGGGAUCUUAUGUACAUUGAGGAAUACAUUGAAGAUGAUGAAGAACCACCUUUGCUGCUCUGCUCUCAUCCUUCUCACGAUGUGGGGCUGUGGUGGGUCUGCUGCGGUCAGGUGUCGGCCUCUGCUGUGCCCUGCAGGUCUGGAGCCGUCACAACCGUGUCAGCGAAGUCCAGCAGAGGAAGUUGAAUGCCGUUUGUGCCCAGGAGGGACCUUUUCCGAGGCUUUUGACUCUGAAGUUUGCCGUCCUCACACAUCCUGUGAGCAGCUCAGGCGAAGUGUUGCAGCUGCUGGAACGCCAACCACUGAUGCUGUCUGUGGAGACUGUCUUCCAGGGUUUCUCGCCACUUCCAAAGGAAAGCUUGCCAUCCGGACUCCCUGUGAUAAAACCCUGCAUAACCGCGUGGCACGUACGGUUGUGUCGGGUCCUGCCGACGGUGCUGGUGAUCUGGUCAACGGCACACUGAUGGCCAGCACUGAGGAGAAGACGACGGAGUACGCGGUCUUUGCUCUUGUCCCUGUCUUCUGCAUCAUGGGCCUGUUGGGUAUCCUCAUCUGCAACAUCCUGAAGAAGAAGGGAUAUAAGUGCAGCGCUGAGAAGGAGGGAGGAGACGAGGAGAACGCCACGCCACAGAAAGAAGGUAACAAUUAUCCUUACAUCGCGGACGACUUGAAUGAAGACACCAUCAGCGUUCUGGUCCGAAUCAUUGCUGAGAAAAAAGAAAAUGCUGCUGCACUGGAGGAACUGCUGCUGGAGUACGAGAACAAACAGAUGGCUGUCAACAAAAGCUCCUCAAUCAAGUUCCCAUUGUUGUCACUGUCCACAUUCCGCCCUCUGCCCAAACUCUGCCCUCAUCAGUCUCACCUCCACACCAUCUCCGGUCUCUCAGGCCUGGGACCCAAACAUGGCUAUCGCUGCACCCGCUGUGCUCAGAAGAAAUGGCCCGCUGUGUUUAUCCCCCCGCUCAAUGCCCUCAAAGACCCUCUGAAGCCCACACAGACCCUCAUCCUUCCCUCUCUGGACAAGUCCACAGACCAGCAGAAGAGCCCCCUGCUGGCGGAUUCGUGCGCUGACCAAUAUCGCACACCGGUGCCAAAUUCUGCUCAGGAAAAAGUGGAAGAGCGUGACGGGAAGGAAGGCGAACUGAAGGUUCUGUCUGUAGGGAGGUUUCAAGUGGCUCAGAUUCCUGAGUACAAGCCGGUCGCUGUAGAAACAAAGAAGCCACCUCAGACCAAGCGUAACUCCCUUUUUGGCGGACUGCCCUUCUCUUCAUCGUCUAGUAUCUGGAGAUGAGAAGUCACGGAGCUGCUGUGGAUUAACACUACCUCGCUGAAGAUUUUCAGCAGACCUCACAGCCUGCUGGUCGACGCACCGUGUGGAGGAAGGUGACACCAAAAGUCCCGGCCCAAGGCUUAAAGAAGCUCUUGCUGUUGAGGUCACUUGAUGUAACUUUAUUAUUACACAUAAAUCUGAAUUUGUCUCCUGGUUUUAAAGAUGUUAUACCAAGCUUUUCUCAAGUCGCCCCUCACUGCAAUGCAUUUCUGUGACUCCUGGUUGCUUUAAAUGGCUUUUUAUUUAAAUGUAAGGCGCACAAAUGGCACCAAGCAUCUCUCCUUUAUGAGGAAUCGGAUUAAAAAGACGUCAGGCUAGAUUUGCCAUCUCAUACACUCUAUUCCCAUAACAAAAACUCAUUUUGUGGUUUAAACUUGUGUUACUAUUAUAAUUUUAUUGAAGCAGUAGCUGCUUUCAGCUCAAUCUAGACCUGCAGUAUUAUAACAAAGGACGUUUUGCACACAGGAAAUUGUUUUAAAUAUGAACAUCUAGUUGGACAAUGGAACCCGAAUUUUGUAUGAAAGUUUUGACUCCAUUAAAUGUUCCAAGCAGAUAUGUAUUUAUAUGUACUACUGGUGAAAGAGAAAAAAAACAACAAUCUAGUUCCUGGAUUUUAACACUUUAGAACAACUCGUUUCACAGUUUACAUUUUGUUUUUUAUUUAAAGACGUGUGUCAUAGAAUAUUUAAUGAAUUAACAUGUUUAUUUUGUUGAAUAUGUAAAACUCAUUCCAUGACAUUGCUACAGUUUGUAUUUUUAUUUAAUAUUUUCAGGAAGGUGAGAUGAAAAACUAUGUGUAGAUUUCAUUUAUACAU